AUGAGUCAAGGAUUGCUGCUGGGGGUGGAGUUAACACUGUUCGGAAAUUCUUCCCUGAGACCUGGAUUUGGGAUCUGGUUCAUACUGAUUCCAAGGGAGAGGUCAAUAUCUUUUACACCAUUCCUGACACCAUUACAGAAUGGAAAGCAAGCGCUUUCUGUGUGCAGGAUAAUGCUGGGUUUGGCAUCUCCUCACCUGUUUCACUGACAGCAUUCCAACCAUUCUUUGUGGAUCUCACCUUGCCGUACUCUGUCAUUCGAGGGGAAAAAUUUAAUUUAGUAGCCAACGUCUUCAACUACCUCAACAGAUGUAUCCAGAUCAGUGCCUUACUGGCAAAGUCAAGUGACUACAAGGCAGAAAUCCUUUCACCAGAGGGCAACACAGCAACAGUGUGUGCCAAUGAAAGAAAAACCUAUAUUUGGGCUGUUAGCCCCCUCAAACUCGGUGAAGUGAAAUUCACAAUUACUGCUGAGGCCAAACUGAAUACCAGAGGUACUGGAAACAGCACAUCCCCGGAAGAGGAGACAAUUCGCAGGGACACCCUGAUUCAAACCCUACUUGUUGAGCCUGAAGGAAUUAAAAAAGAAUUGACUCAGAGCUCUCUCAUCUGUACCAAAGGCAUAACGACUUCUGAACCAGUCUCUCUCAGCCUGCCAAAAAACAUAGUGAAGGGAUCAGCCAGAGCUUAUUUUUCUGUCAUUGGAGACAUUUUGGGUACAGCCCUGAGGAACAUGGAGAACCUCCUCCAUAUGCCUUAUGGCUGUGGAGAACAGAACAUGGCCUUGUUCACACCCAAUAUCUAUGCCCUGGAUUAUCUGAAUAAGACUGGGCAGCUGACUGAAGAGAUUAGAGUCAAGGGUACUGGAUAUUUAUCCACAGGGUACCAAAAACAGCUGUCAUACAAACACCGGGAUGGAUCCUAUAGCUCCUUUGGGACACGAGAUAGAGAAGGGAAUGUAUGGCUCACUGCCUUUGUGUACAAGUCAUUUGCACAAGCCAGACGCUAUAUCUACAUUGACGACAAUGUCCAAUCUCAAACUUUGAUCUGGCUGGCAAGCAAGCAGAAGUCAGAUGGCUGCUUUGAAAAUGCUGGGUCACAUUUCAACAAUGCUUUGAAGGGUGGAGAAGAAGGUGAAUACUCACUCACAGCCUAUGUUGUGGCAGCAUUGCUGGAGGCUGGACACUCUGCUGCGCAUCCAGUCAUUCAGAGUGGCAUGAACUGUUUGGAGACUGCAUUUGACAAUGGAGUCCACAACCUGUAUAACCAGGCCCUCUUUGCCUAUGCUUAUGGCUUAGCUGACAAUGAGAAGAGAUGCCAGUUCUUCCUUGAGAAGCUGGACAAGACAGCUACCAGAGAUGGUGGUUUAGUUCAUUGGCAGAGAGAAAAAAAGCCACCAGCAGACGAUUUCCCUGUCUUCUAUUACCGUGCUCCUUCUGCUGAGAUUGAAAUGACCAGCUAUGUGCUCCUGGCUUUACUCAACAAAGCCAAACUCACUCCAGAAGACUUAUCUUACAUUUCUCGCAUUGUGCACUGGCUUGUCAAACAACAGAACCCAUAUGGUGGUUUCUCCUCCAGCCAGGAUACUGUUGUUGCUCUCCAAGCUUUAGCCCAGUAUGGAUACCUCACCUUCUCUAAAGAAAGUCUUAACACAGUCAAAGUCAACUUCAUGGAGUCCCCUAGUAGGGCUUUCCAGGUGAACGACAAGAACCGCUUCUUACUGCAGCAGGCUUCCUUACCCACUAUUCCAGGGAAAUACAGUGUGGAAGUGAAUGGCACCGGCUGUGUCUAUCUGCAGACCACCCUGAGGUACAACGUCCAUUUGCCGAAAAAAGUUGCAGGAUUUUCUCUCUCGGUACAGCUGGCCAAUGUAUCCUGCACAAGCAAUUUCCCACCAAAGUUCGACCUUGUCCUCUCCGCCAGUUACACAGGAAACCGCAAAGUCUCUAACAUGGCUAUUAUUGAUGUGAAGAUGCUCUCAGGUUUUGUUCCUGUAAGAUCUUCCCUGAAAAAGCUCCAGUACCAGAAUUCUGUUGUGGAUCGCGUAGACAUCAAGAACAAUCACAUCCUCUUCUACCUUCAGAAGGUGUCCCAGAAGGAAAUCAGUUUCUCCUUCAGUGUGGAGCAAAGCCUGCCUGUCUCAGAUAUCAAACCAGUGCCAGUGCAUAUGUAUGAUUACUACGAAACAGAUGAAUAUGCCCUCGCAGAAUACAAAACACCCUGCUCCCCACCUUUCAACUGA